AUGUUCGACCGACAUUCUGGUACUGGCUUUACUUCUACUUCUCCAUCAUCUAGUCCAGUCACCCAUGAAGUAGAAGGCAAUAGCGACUUCGACUACUACCGGCUUGGCUCUGAAGGUCUUGUUCCGGCAUCAAGUUCUCCCCUCGGAUCUUCGUCACCUGCUAUUACUCCUCCGGACUACUGCCCAGAAGAAACUACUUCAAGGGAUCUGUUUUCUCAAUCCUCAUCGUGCGUUUCUUCGCGCCGAAGCAGUCGGCGAGUGGAGGAAGACGUCUCUUCAGAAAAGGCUGCCGUGGGCUUGCAGGACACCCAACGGGUCGCUGAAUUUGAGGACGACCCUGAUCUCUUCGGUCAAUCUGAAUCCACUCAGACACCCUGCGAGGAGUCAGUUGUUGCGUCUGCGCCGCAAUCUCCGUUUUUGUACAGGCUUCACGAGUUGCUCCUCAUCGCCCAAAGAGAGCGCCGGCAGGCCGAAUUCCGUCGCUACCUAGCUGUUGGCGAACACUCGGCGUCCGCAAUCCUCGACAAUGACUCAUCUGUGUCUACAGUCUCAGAGCACGAAACACGCGCUGAUUCUACGCCACCUUCUGACUUGGCUAGCGGCUCGGACGGCAUGCAGACUCAGUGUCUCUCCUCUCCACAUCUUUCCGCAAUCUCUGGCUCGCGCGACGUCGUUCAUACGGGAUCACUUGAUGCCGAAUUCAAGGCGCGAAACAGUACUGACCACUCCGAUGCUGGGCUAGAAGCCGCUUCUACCGUUUCCUCUGGACCAAUUAAGGACUCUUCUGACCACCGCUUCCAAUCAAUCCCACGCGUCAGUGAUUGUUCAGCGCGCGGAGCUACAUCUGGCGAGCAAUACGCUCCUGAGCAUGCCUCUCCUGGGUGCCCUGGGACUUCAAACGCGCCUUCUGAAUCAAGUGGUCCUGCUCAUGCAUCAAGUAGUGGCACCAAACGCCGUCUCUCUCAAGUCCUGACGUCUGGUCCCUGUGUUGAAGAUCCGGGCAGUGCAGAUUUCAUGAAAAUCGACGCAUAUACCCAGGUUGCUUACACUGAGAAUGUGGCCGCACAGCCAAGGUUGAAGAGACACAAGACCAACACCAGGACCUCACGUUUCUUCGCCCAGAAAGACUCCGUGGUCAGGCGCCCAAGUCUCAAGAGUGCGAAUCAUGUGCGCCAACAGGCAAACAAAGAGACGAUUGCUCCGUCCGGACGACUAUAUGCGCGGCGAGCCGCUAGUUUGCGCCGUGCAGACUCCCUACGGUCCGAGCCAGCGCAAAAUGCGAACCGGAUUCCCCUUCGCAAGGUGAUGUUCAUUACUCCAUUCCUUCGCAAGAGAACUGAAGUCAUUUCUCAGACUCCGGCUAUAGCGCUUCCUUCGUCGAGCUUUUCCAUCGUUGCUACAAAUGAUGACAUUCAUCUCGACGUCAAAACGCCCGAUAAACAUUGCGCCUCUCCCACUUCUCUUUACUAUGGCUAUAUUCCAACUGAACCAGCGACUCCUGUUCCCCGCUCCCGGCGCCGUAAUAGAGUAGCAGCACCUCCUCUGUCACCAAUGCCGAAUCCUUUUCCUAUCCUCGCUCCUCCGUCUUAUGAGGAUAUUCCUCGCGAGCCGCUUUCUGAUGAAGCCGCGGCGGAGGCGAGGAUCAAAAUAAUGCUCGCGAAGGAGAGCGUCGAACGGGAGGCGGACGGCCUUUUUUGCCACGCUGUUCAUGCACAUACUGAUAUCCAGGAACCAAACAGCCAGAACGGUUUCGGUGAACAUCAUAUUGGAAAAUGCGAGGCUAUCAAGUCGCCCAACUUUGCAGGUAGCAGACGCAAGAUUCGUGACUGCCCCUUGCAAGACGGAGAGCAUUGUGGUGGGAGGGACACACUUGAUAGCUCGUUUCUCGGGCCUCAGCUGGUCUCGGGGAUAGACGAAAACCUCCGCAUGGAGGUCAUUGACUGGAUGCUCGAAGCUUUACCUCCUGUUAUACCCUCGACAUCCGCGGUUUCCUCCCGCAGCGCUCUCUAUGAGCAGCUGACGACGUCUGAUGAGACACGUUUCCAUGCAGCGUAUAUAUUCACGCGGUACUUCCUGCGUCUCAGUUCCCCAGCCUCGUCUCCCUCCAUCGGUGUCAACCGGGAGUUGGUCCUGGAAGACGAGGGAAAGGAGGCGGUUACGUGGGACACCGCAGUUGCAUGUAUGGCGUUGAGUGUCAAGUUUCACCGUGAUGUAUUCAUGCCGCUCUACUCGAUCAAUGCCCACGAAUUUAUUGCUAUUGCGCCGCAUACGAUGACGUAUGACGACCUCGAGACGGCUCAUCGGGAUAUCUUAUACGCCCUAUCAUAUUCCAUUGGCAGUGUGACCCCGCUGGCGUAUAUGCAAGAGUUGUGGCUCGCCCUUCCUAGCUUGCGCAAGCUGCUUGCCUUCGACGAUGGCUGGAGCAUAGCGCAAGAGGAAGCGUGGGCGAUUCUGCUUGAAGCGCUGAUGCAACCCGACGCGCUGCGUUUUCCCGUGUCUCUCCUCACCGCAUGUGCCACAAUAGACGGCGCUAUCGAGUCGCUCAUCCUGAAGUAUCAAUCCAACGUCCGUAGCGGUGGAGAAAUAGGCCACGCUCGCCGUGCGCACUUCAGAAGUAAAGCAUCAAAGGCGGUCGUGACUGUCAGGCUCGACAUACAGGAAGUGCUGCAGUACUCUGACGCGGAUAUCAGCGCUUGCAGGCAAUGGUUGCGCCCUGUCAGUUAA